AUGAUGGAUCCCUCUGGAUGCCUCGUGCCUCAUUCAGAUGGAGACAGGAUUAUUCAAAGCACUCCACCUGCUGGCGUGUGGUGUACAGGUGUACUGGAAGAAGAGCAGGGCGCAACCACUGCACCUACCACCUUCCAUACUUGGUUGUCUGUUCUUCGUUAUGCGUUUGUACCUAGGGGCCAGCGUGUUUUCUGCACCUCGCCUGUGUUGGCUGUGCACAGUGCUUUUAGUAACACUAUCUCUUUCUACUCUAUUUGCUACGAUAACAACGCGAUAUCACGCUCUCCCUGCCUUGAAUUCACACCACCUACUUCUGUUUCGACGAACUACGUCUAUGUCAACAGGCUUAAUUUCCACAUGUUCACCGCUUCCGAGGACGUCAAAUCUCGCUCUUCACGAGUCCCCUCGCAGCGCAUUGUCGUGCAUCUAACCAGUCUCAGUCCAGUAGACCUCCCUAAUGAGAUGGCUCUUGCAGACUACAAUAAAAUGCUUGAGGCUGUGGUUCGCCUGUCCACUAACCUAGACUGUCUGGUGAUAAGAGGGCCCUCUCCAGCACUGAGGAUCACUUCAUCUAGUAGAAAGUCGUCCUUUACUCAAUCAAAGCAGAAUGGCAGGAAGCGUUCCGUCAAAUUUCACCUACCCAAACCCAACGACAUCGCUUCGCCUCCAUUUUCCUAUCCAUCCGCGGUGACAGGUUUCGAGGUGCCAGAGGCCUCAAUGCUGCUGGAGGAGGGCGUCGUCACUGCCACCGCACCUGCUUACAGUCCAUACCGCUACUUCCCAUCGCCUUCCCCUCCUUUACCUCCACUAGCACCUCCACCACUCCCUCAGUGCUGCCAUUCACAAGUGUCUCCUGCUUGCUGUCAUCUUUGGUCAAACAGCAACAUCAAUGCACCACCAGCAGCUCACGAAGAAAUAUCGAGGUUGGAGGCGCUAGUAGAGCGUUUGCUUGCUGCACAACAGCCCCUUCAGAAGCAAACGACAGCAAAUAUUGAGCAGGUGACAGUUGGAACCAACACACCAACACAACGCGAAGUGUGCAAUGUGGCUGUUAAUACCAGCGAGGUCUGGCCCUCAGCCGCUGACAACGGACAUGAGCCCUUGGCACUGCCAUCACUGCAAACUCCCCAACAAACGGUAGAAUCAGUGGGGGUUCAAAGUGAACCGCUUCAGAAUUGUCUGUCGCAACCUCAAGGCGUCUGUCCGUAUGUGAACCACUUUCAUGAAUCACCUGAGUUUCUGCCAUCCUCUCAGUCACCUAUACCACAGCCUCCAAUCCUUCAACAGUCACCGGAAUCUGUCCUCUCUCUUGAUACUAGCCUUACAAAUAAACGACUUUCUCCGUCGGACGUCCCUCCACUUCAGGCGGGCAUCCAACAAGUACUCAGGUCGGCGCCACACAUGCGCAAGACAUUCUCGGUGCCGAACGAGUUGUCUCUGGUUGCAGUGGCGUCACCUCCGCGUUUGUCUUCCACCUCUGCUGCUCCAGACACGGAGUGGCCAAGUCAAACAGACGCCGAUGCCGAGGCAGACGUGGCGCGACAUCAGCGACGCUGUGAGGAGGAGGUGGCUGCGAAGCUCAACUUCUCACAUUCUCUCCUGCCCCUUGAAACUAAUAUGGCGUCUCGUGGAGGGCCGGAAAAAAGCACUCCCCAACCAGGCCAAUCGGAGGCCAGUUUUCCCAUUUCCUGCAACAGUUUCACCUUCACUUCAGAUCUGCCUCCCCAUUCCCCACCACCACCUCCACGAAGAUACGGUCGCCGUAUUCCCAAAUCCACUGAUGAGAGUGCUAUUCUGAUGGGUCUGGCGCGUAAGUACCUCCCACCUUCCCUAAUCGCACAGCUGGCGCCCUCGACAGCGUCCACCGCUGUCAUAUCACCUGAAGUCAGUUAUAAUGGCCCAGACCUUAGUCUGUCAACGCAGCGUUACUCGAAGGAGCGUAAAUUACUGACCGGAGAGGAACGUGAGGGUGUACGGCUGCCAGAUGGGGGAUGUGACUGGCGUAAGAGAAUUUACCCUACUGAGGUCUCCGAUGUUCCCAGAUUCACUGUGAUGGAGGGAAGUGAAGUAGGUGGAACUCGGGAAAGCUACCUGCCCUGUUCACGUGUCUUUUCAACUGGUCUUGACGAUAAGCAGGUGGUUGGAGAGGCAGAGGAAAACAUAAAUUUCGAUGCACCUGUUCUCGAUCUAGAGCACUUGAGAGCACUACCGAAACUCUUGUGA